AUGGCAUUGUGUGAGAUUCGCCAACGGGCUGCCGACGUUGUGCUUGCAGAUCUAACUAACCAAGCCAGCCCACCAUCGUCUCAUCUUGUUGCUGCCUCUGCUACCACCUCGACGUCAACUGGCCCCGUAAAUCCAGUCUCUUAUCAACAUUUCUCCGCUUGCUCCGGUCCUGAUGCCCGAGCUAGGUCUAGCCUGCCAGGGACUUCGCAAGAUCAUCAUUAUGUCAAUCCAGUGGCCCCGUCAACUGGAGGUCCGAUCAGGUCGGGCCUAAGAGGCCAGGCAGCAGCCAGUCCCCUAACUGGCGGCUCUGGCCGUCUGCCCCUGUAUACCACCUUCAGUCUACCUCGUGGUGUCAGAGGCCGCCCUUCAUUGCAUCAAUCCCCUUCCUCUCCAGCUUUCGCCCUGCCUCUGCCCAUGGCCCCGGCCCUCGCUCUUGAGGCUGAUGGCUUGGACAAUCUUGCCCAUGACGUAUCCAAAACACUUAAUACUGGCUUCACCAGUGACUUCUGCAACCAACCAUCGGAUCGAGUACUCUCCCCCAGCCAGGCCGAGUAUCAUGCUGAUCCUUCUUCAUUCCAUCAAGGGCCCUUCCCGUCUGCUGGGCUCUCCACCAGUCUAGUCAAUUAUUCAGGUGCCUUCUCUCAGCCAAACUCACCAGCAACUGCGAGAAGUCUUGUUCCCAUGUCAGGUAUGCUCUUUAUAUGCAUAUUUUCACUAUAA